AAAUUCUUUUGAUAUGCCUCUUUGGCAUCAAACAUCUGUGAGGUGGAAAAACAAAAUGAAGGAACUAGUGUCAAACAGUACAACCAAUAUAUCUCAAGCCAGAAAAGCUGUGGAGCAAUUAAAAAUGGAAGCAUACAUGGAUAGGAUGAAGGUAUCCAAGGCUGCAGCAGAUUUAUUGGCUUAUUGUGAUGCUCAUAUUGCAGAAGAUCCCCUUAUUAUUCCAGUACCUGCAUCUGAAAAUCCCUUUAGGGAGAAGAAACUCUUUUGUACUAUCCUUUGAGUUGGUUUUCAAUUAAAAAUGUAUUCUGCUACAAUUUGGUAUCAGUGUUGCAUGCUUUUAGUUUUAGUGCUUUUUGUUCAGAUACAAAUACUUAACCUCUAAGUACAAUAUUUUUAGAAGGUGAUCCAAUU